AUGGCUGAAUCUGACUGGGACUCGGUCACAUAUCUUCGCAAGAAAACACCAAGGGCAGCUGAACUCCGAUCAAAACAGGUAUAAUAAAUAGAUGAAGUAACUGGUUUUUUAGCUUUUGUACUGUGAUGAUAUACAAAGCUUUAAUACAAUAAUCUGGAGUUGUGUUCAUUUGCACGGAGCAUUAUUUCGUUAUUUUUCUCUUGCAAUUAUUGUUUUUUCUUUUUACCUAAAAACUGAAUGUCUUGAGGGUUUUGAACAUAGUUAACUGGGACAAGACCUGACUAAUGAUAACUAUAACAAAAUUCUCUAAUUUGAUUGGCUAUCAGCAGCCAGCAAGAUCCUCCCUGUCAAUUCUGGAAUUCAAGAUCAUAUCUGGGAAUGUCAUUUCCCUUGAAUGAACAGGGUCAAAUAAUUUCCAUAGAAGAAGGGUCAGGUUUAGGGGCGUUAUCAAGGCUAAAAAUUUAUAAAUUUAUACUUUAUUAUUUUAUACUGCAACUUUAGAUUUAGAUGUAAAGGCUGGCAUUACUUAUUGGGCAUGAAUAACAACACGUUUGCUCUACAUGUUUGAGGCGAAUUUAUAUCAAAAAAGCUCCUGGUAGAUUCCCUAUUUACUUAAGAGAACGUGAAGUGGUGAAGGCACCAAGCAGAGUAGGUUUGAACCCUGGAAGUGACAUUGGGUUGAGUUUGUUGUUGGUUCUUGUCCUUUCUUUAAGAUUUUUUUAAUCUGUUAAUAAUCAGUUUAAUAAUUUUCCCCUGUCCUCAAAAUUUAACGUUUCCGAUUCCAGUUUAAUCAGGAAUGGUAAACAAAGAACCACUUAGCACUACCUCAAAAUUGUUAUUUGAUUUAUUUCUUAUUUUUAAGGCAGUUGCACAAGCACAAAGACAUGGUGGUGCUGUAGAAACAACACAAAAGUGUAAGUUUAUGCCCCCUGGUGGUUUGUAUGGUUGUAAUGGUAGCGACACUAGGUAAUGAAAAUAAAGAAAAUGAUUUCAUCAUUGUCCUGUUUUGCAAGUGAAUUCUCCAUGCUGUACACUAGCAGUGUAUACAGAAGAAAAGAGGAAAGAAAAUGUAAUGUGUAACAAUUUUGUUUUACUUUUAGAUGGUGCUGGUGCAAACAAGCAGCACUCUUCUAGCAAGGAUACUGCUAAACUUGAUCGGGAGACAGAAGAGUUACAUCGUAAGUAAAUUUAUCAUGAUGUCUGUGUGCACAGAAAACUAUUCCUGAUAAGAAUCAGUGAAGCUAAGCACGUUCAAGUUGUUUGAAUCAUCACACUCCAAAUUAAGUUUUAGGUGAUUGUUCAGUCAUGACAAAUGUUAUAACCUGUAAGCCAAAUCAAAUGCUAGUGAACUAUUAAGAACACAGCAUUUUAAUUUAUUCAUAGAAUUCCUUGCAAUAAGUAAAAUCUGUAAAUAAUAACCUUAUUGGUACUUAAUUUUGUGGGUCUUUAAUAACACAUUUUUCUGUGGGUUUUCUUGUGUGGCAUGUAUUUCAAUAUUAUUUUAUUAAAAGUUGUUAAACUGAACAAGAUUUUGAGGGAUAGUCUCUUGACACGUCUAGAACAAAAAAAAAUGGUCUCCUGACCUAAGGUGAAGCAAGUCCAUAUCUGAUAAAUUGUUUUGAAGCAAGUCUGAAGACCUCCAGUGAGGGGCAGAGCUUAGCACUUUAUUUCUACGGCAUUUCUUGUUCUUCUUGGUGGUUGAACUGUCUUGGUUAUUAUUAUAGUUUGCCAUGUUUGCAGUUUUACACAUGCAAUAUGUGGGCUGUGAUUAACCUAUAGUGAGAUGUUUGCUGGAAAAAUUUCACAUUUUCCAUCAUGAUGAUGGUAAAAUUCUAAUUUUCUGUAAUAGUAGAAUCCUACUCACUAAGUCCUGUAAAAUCAUUCACAUACAGUUUUGUAAAGUUAACGGACAAAAGUCAGUUUGAGCUAUUCAAAUUUUUAUCAGAUGAAAAAGUUUCUCUUGAUGUUGGAAAGCUCAUUCAGCAGAUGAGAAUGGAGAAGAAAUUAACACAGAAGGACUUAGCAACGGUAAGAUGACCAUUCAGCUACAGUGUUGUAGACAUGACAUCUUCUUAGCACCAAUUAUAUAAAUACCAGAAUGGUAAGUGUAGGAAGUGGCAUAAAUGGCAUAGAGUGCUGCAAAAUUAACUAAGUGUCAGGUUUUUGAUUUAUUGCCACCUUGAUCCUUUCUGGAUUCAGCAGUGCAACCCAAAGGUGCAGUUUUAAGGUGAUAUUCAGACCACAGCAUACUAGACCAGUCUGGCCCAGAUAUGGACUUCAACUUUAUUUGAACCUCUCAAAGUCAGUUUGGCCAUGUAAUGUUAGAUCUUUCUUUUUCAGUUUUAUUUGAAUGUUACAUUUCAUAUGCUAUUUUCAGUAUUUUCAGGGCUAAAAAUUGCGGCCUGUAUCAGGCACAUUUGCGAAUAAAGAUUUCACUUAUGUGACUAAAAUUUCUCCAUUGGUAGCGAUUUUGCGACCGUUUUAUAGCCUAGCUUAUAAAUAAAUUAUAUUUAACAGCCUUGUGUCUUACUUGUUACUGGCUGCUGUACUUUUAUCUGAAAAAUCCAGCGGAAAAAUUAAGGAAUUACUCACAAAUUGUGAUGCGGACUUUUUUUAAUUUCGAGCCCUGCUUUUUUAAACCACUGAAGAAGAAGGAUCCCCCUUGAAACGUCUUAUUUUCCUCCUUUUUCAGAGGAUAUUUUUAAAAACUUUGACAUUUGUACAAUUAAUUGCAUUGCACAGUUUUUUAUAAUUGUUUCAAAAUUUAUAAAUCUGUCUUUGCGAAGAUUUUUCAGACCCAUAUAAAACAGUUUACUGGUAGAUAAUGUUAGCGUAAACGUAUCCUUGGAGUUUUGAGCUUACAGGUGUUUCACCUUGUCUUCUAACCAUCACCAUUCUAUCUUUAUUUCUCAGAAAAUCAAUGAAAAGCCUCAGGUGAUAAUGGAUUAUGAGUCCGGAAAAGCAAUUCCGAACAAUCAAGUGAUGAGUAAAAUUGAGCGUGCACUUGGUGAGUGUAAGGAACAAUACAUUACCAUUUUGUCUGUGUUUUGUUAAUGGUAAAUUGACCCCAAUUUCAGCAUAGGCUUGGCACCCAUGUUAACCAUGCAUACCAAGCAUUCAUGGUAUUCUGAGUUAGUAUUUAACUAAAAGAGGUGGUGUUCAUUGGUGAUUUUUUCCUUUUUUAAAUGUUGCAGGUGUCAAGCUUCGUGGGAAGGACAAAGGGAAGCCGUUAGCGCCUGGUGGCAAGGGGAAGAAGUGA